CUCUCUAUCUGUCUCUCAGAAUAUUCUGGAGCUCUUCAUAAUUUCCCUACUUCAUAUGCUGCUUUGCUAAGAAUUAAAAAGAGUUCAUCUUCAUCCCUCUUUGGUUCAAAUAUCAGACCGCGAUACAGCAAUCCUUUAUUAGGAACCCUGAGUGUUUCUUCACCAAGUUGGCGAGGAGCAGCUCAACAUUAUUAUUCCCCCAUCAAUCUUUAUCAUUCCUCAGAUGCCUUCAAACAAGAUGAAAGUGUGGACUAUGGGCCAGUGUUUGUACAAGAGCCAGAUGAUAUAAUUUUCCCGACUGAUUCUGAUGAAAAGAAAGUAGCAUUGAAUUGUGAAGCUCGUGGCAACCCAGUUUCCAAUUACAGAUGGCUUCGAAAUGGAACAGAAAUAGAUUUGGAAAGUGAUUAUCGCUACAGUCUGAUAGACGGGACCUUCAUUAUAAGCAAUCCAAGUGAAGCAAAGGAUUCUGGUCAUUAUCAGUGUUUAGCAGCCAAUACUUUUGGAAGUAUUCUUAGUAGAGAAGCCAUACUUCAAUUUGCCUAUCUGGGAAAUUUUAGUGGCCGGACAAGAAGUGCAGUCUCGGUGAGGGAAGGCCAGGGGGUUGUUCUGAUGUGCUCUCCUCCGCCUCAUUCUCCAGAGAUCAUCUAUAGCUGGGUAUUUAAUGAGUUCCCUUCCUUUGUGGCGGAGGACAGCCGGCGGUUCAUUUCCCAGGAGACAGGCAACCUUUAUAUUUCUAAAGUCCAAUCAUCAGAUGUUGGCAGCUACAUUUGUCUGGUGAAAAACACAGUGACAAACGCUCGAGUACUUAGUCCUCCAACACCACUCACUCUACGUAAUGAUGGUGUGAUGGGAGAAUAUGAGCCGAAAAUUGAGGUCCAUUUUCCUUUCACAGUUACAGCUGCUAAGGGAACAACUGUUAAGAUGGAAUGCUUUGCACUUGGCAACCCAGUUCCAACAAUCACAUGGAUGAAGGUUAAUGGUUAUAUUCCUAGUAAGGCACGUCUGCGGAAAUCUCAGGCAGUGCUGGAAAUACCCAACGUGCAGCUGGAUGAUGCAGGCCUAUAUGAGUGCAGAGCUGAAAACUCACGUGGAAAAAAUUCCUUUCGUGGACAAUUACAAGUAUACACUUAUCCACACUGGGUGGAAAAACUGAAUGACACUCAGUUGGACAGUGGGAGCCCUCUCCGAUGGGAAUGUAAGGCUAUUGGAAAACCCCGACCCACAUACCGUUGGCUGAAGAAUGGAGUGCCUCUUUUGCCUCAGAAUAGGAUUGAGAUGGUUAAUGGAUUAUUGAUGAUCCACAAUGUGAAUCAGUCAGAUGCUGGAAUGUAUCAGUGUUUGGCCGAAAAUAAAUAUGGAGUCAUUUAUGCGAGUGCUGAGCUGAAGAUUCUAGCUUCAGCUCCCACUUUUGCGCUGAAUCAACUGAAGAAAACAAUAAUUGUUACCAAAGGCCAAGAAGUCAUCGUCGAGUGCAAACCCCAAGGCUCUCCAAAACCAACCAUCUCUUGGAAAAAGGGAGAUAAAGCAGUGAGAGAGAAUAAAAGAAUAGCUAUUCUUCCAGACGGAAGUCUACGGAUCCUAAAUGCUUCUAAAUCAGAUGAGGGAAAGUACGUUUGCCAAGGGGAAAAUGUCUUUGGUUCUGCUGAAAUCAUAGCCUCAGUAUCUGUAAAAGAACCUACAAGAAUAGAACUUACUCCUAAAAGAACAGAAUUAACAGUGGGAGAAAGCAUUGUCCUUAACUGCAAAGCAAUUCACGAUGCUAGUUUGGAUGUCACUUUCUACUGGACACUAAAAGGACAGCCUAUUGAUUUCGAGAAAGAAGGUGGACAUUUUGAAAGCAUCAGGGCCCAAGCAUCCUCUGCAGAUUUAAUGAUCAGGAACAUCCUUCUGAUGCAUGCUGGGAGAUAUGGCUGCAGGGUACAGACCACAGCAGACAGUGUGUCAGAUGAGGCAGAACUUCUGGUUAGGGGUCCCCCAGGCCCACCAGGGGUAGUAAUUGUUGAGGAAAUCACCGAAAGCACAGCUACACUCUCCUGGAGUCCUGCAGCUGACAACCACAGCCCAAUCUCCUCCUACAACCUGCAGGCUCGAAGCCCAUUCUCCCUGGGCUGGCAAACAGUAAAAACAAUCCCAGAAAUCAUAACAGGGGACAUGGAGUCAGCUAUGGCAGUGGACCUUAACCCUUGGGUGGAAUAUGAAUUUAGAGUGGUGGCCACCAAUCCAAUUGGGACUGGAGAUCCAAGCACCCCAUCUCGAAUGAUCCGCACAAAUGAAGCAGUUCCAAAGACAGCACCCACCAAUGUAAGUGGAAGAAGUGGAAGAAGGCAUGAGUUAGUCAUAGCCUGGGAGCCAGUAUCUGAAGAGUUUCAGAAUGGGGAAGGCUUUGGCUAUAUUGUGGCUUUCAGGCCCAAUGGAACACGUGGCUGGAAGGAAAAAAUGGUGACAUCCUCUGAAGCUUCAAAAUUCAUUUAUCGAGAUGAAAGUGUUCCUCCUCUCACUCCCUUUGAAGUGAAGGUUGGCGUUUAUAACAAUAAAGGAGAUGGACCUUUCAGUCAGAUUGUGGUUAUCUGCUCAGCUGAAGGAGAACCCAGUGCUGCUCCCACAGAUGUCAAGGCUACAAGUGUGUCUGUGUCAGAGAUUCUUGUUGCAUGGAAACAUAUUAAAGAGAGUCUAGGAAGACCACAGGGAUUUGAGGUUGGUUAUCGGAAAGACAUGGAACAAGAAGAUGCCGCAGAAACAGUCAAAACUAGAGGGAAUGAAUCCUCUGUCAUUCUGACAGGAUUAGAAGGAAACACUUUAUAUCACUUCACAGUGAGGGCUUAUAAUGGAGCUGGAUAUGGGCCACCUAGCAGUGAAGUGAGUGCAACCACCAAGAAAUCCCCCCCUAGUCAAGCACCCAGUAAUCUCAGGUGGGAACAGCAAGGGUCUCAGCUUUCUCUGGGCUGGGAACCAGUCAGACCAUUAGCCAAUGAAUCUGAAGUCAUGGGCUACAAGGUUUUUUAUAGGCAAGAGGGGCACAGCAACAGUCAAGUUAUUGAAACACAGAAACCUCAAGCAGCAGUACCACUGCCAGAUGCCGGAGUCUAUAUUAUUGAAGUUCGAGCAUACAGUGAAGGAGGGGAUGGGACAGCUAGUUCCCAAAUCAGGGUACCAUCCUAUUCAGGUGGGAAAAUCACUAGUGCCCAGUCGACCCUCCACACACUCUCCCCAUCUUCAUCAUCGGUAACAUUGCUCUUGGCAUUGAUGAUUCCCUCAACCUCUUGGUGAAAACUGCAGACUUAUCUUGCUUUGCUUUGCUUUAGCUUGAAAAUAGCGGUGAAUAGAGUGUAGUGUAAGUGGAGACCCAGGACCCUGAGAUGAGCUUUAAA